AACCCCACGCAAAUAAAGUACUGUAGUUUGGCUAUGACGUAUUAGCCGAAGUGCACACCUCCUCCCCGCUCUUCCCACCACCGCAUUGAUGCUGUUACCUCCCUCGGCGGUGACGUCAUCGCCCGGUGGCAGCAUCCUCAGUGAGAGGACGACGUGAAGGCGACACAACCAUUUUGGACGCCUGAGGACAUCCCAGCCCAACUAUCAAGCAACACCACGCUGCACUGACACAUUUCUUCCCGGGUGGACCGAGCACACCGAGCCUCUCUACUUCAUGGCGGCCGGAGGCUGCUAGCAGGAGUCCGGGGAGGACGAGGAGGAGGCGAGGAGGAGGACGCGGAUCUAAAAAAAAACGACGACGGAACUCCACAGCCCACACGGUGCUAGCAUCACAGCUCCAGUGGUCGAAAAACCCGGUUACUAAAGAGUGGGCACCCGGAGGUGCAAGGAAGGCAGCGCCAUGGCCGGGGCUUCAGUGAAGGUGGCGGUCCGAGUCCGCCCCUUCAACUCCAGGGAGAUGGGAAAAGAGAGCAAAUGCAUCAUCCAGAUGUCCGGAAACACCACCACCAUCAUCAACCCCAAACAGGCCAAAGACAACAAGAGCUUCAACUUUGAUUAUUCCUAUUGGUCCCACACCACGCCGGAGGAUGCGAAUUACGCGUCUCAGAUGCGCGUCUAUCAAGACAUCGGCGAGGAAAUGCUGCUGCAUGCUUUCGAAGGCUACAACGUCUGCAUCUUUGCCUACGGCCAAACGGGCGCCGGCAAGUCCUACACCAUGAUGGGGAAGCAGGACGUCAAGGAUCAGCAGGGGAUCAUCCCAUUGCUGUGUGAAGAUCUGUUUACCAAAAUCAAUGACAACACGGACAACAGUUUGUCCUACUCUGUGGAGGUAAGCUACAUGGAGAUCUACUGUGAGCGCGUACGUGACCUGCUCAACCCCAAAAACAAAGGCAACCUGCGAGUGCGAGAGCAUCCUCUUAUGGGACCCUACGUGGAGGACCUGUCUAAGCUGGCCGUCACCUCCUACAACGACAUCCAGGACCUGAUGGACUCUGGCAACAAGGCCAGGACUGUGGCCGCUACCAACAUGAACGAGACCAGUAGUCGCUCCCAUGCUGUAUUUAACAUCAUAUUCACUCAGAAACGCCAUGACGCUGAUACUGACAACACCUCUGAGAAGGUCAGUAAAAUCAGUUUGGUGGACUUAGCCGGCAGUGAGCGAGCAGAUUCGACCGGGGCCAAAGGGACCAGGCUGAAGGAAGGAGCUAACAUUAACAAGUCUCUCACCACGCUGGGAAAAGUCAUCUCCGCUUUGGCAGAAGUGGACUCUGGCCCUAACAAGAAUAAAAAGAAGAAGAAGGCGGAAAGUUUUAUUCCCUACAGAGAUUCCGUCCUGACCUGGCUACUGCGUGAGAAUCUUGGUGGGAACUCUCGCACCGCCAUGGUCGCCGCGCUGAGCCCGGCUGACAUCAACUACGACGAGACGCUCAGCACGCUCAGAUACGCCGACCGCGCCAAGCAGAUCCGCUGCAACGCUGUCAUCAACGAGGAUCCCAACAACCGCCUGGUGCGCGAGCUGAAGGAGGAGGUGUCCCGCCUCAAAGAGCUUCUCUUCGCCCAGGGCCUGGGUGACAUCAUUGAGACAUUUCGAGGGUCUGCUGCGGAGAUCGAGGGUUUGAAAUUGACCAACGCCAUGACGGGCAUGAGUCCCUCCCCGUCUCUGUCCGCAUUAUCCAGCCGCGCCGGCUCCAUCGCCAGCCUGCACGACCGCAUCAUGUUCAGCCCGGGCAGCGAGGAGGCCAUCGAGCGCCUUAAGGAAACAGAGAAAAUCAUUGCAGAGCUUAAUGAGACGUGGGAAGAGAAACUUCGCCGCACGGAAGCCAUUCGUAUGGAACGCGAGGCCCUGCUGGCAGAAAUGGGUGUGGCCAUGCGAGAGGAUGGUGGCACAGUCGGCGUCUUUUCCCCGAAGAAGACGCCUCAUCUGGUCAACCUCAACGAGGACCCUCUCAUGUCCGAGUGCUUGCUCUACUACAUCAAGGAUGGCAUCACAAGGGUGGGACGACUGGAUGCCAGCAGCCGUCAAGACAUCGUUCUCAGCGGCCACUUCAUAAAGGACGAACACUGCACCUUCACCAGCUCAACUGGUCCGCAGGGAGAAACCGUUGUCCUUGAACCAUGUGACGGAGCUGAGACUUACGUCAACGGCAAGCGGGUGACCGAGCCCACUGUUCUCAAAUCAGGAAACCGCAUCAUCCUGGGGAAGAGCCACGUGUUCCGCUUCAACCACCCCGCGCAGGCCCGAGCUCAGAGGGAGAGGACCCCUUGUGCCGAAACCCCCGCAGAGCCUGUGGACUGGGCCUUUGCCCAGAGGGAACUGCUGGAGAAACAAGGAAUUGACAUGAAGCAGGAGAUGGAACAGAGGCUGCAGGAGCUGGAGGAUCAGUAUCGCAAAGAAAGAGAAGAGGCCAACAACCUUUUAGAGCAGCAAAGACUGGAUUAUGAGAGCAAGCUGGAGGCUCUUCAGAAGCAGGUGGAUCGUUAUUACCCAGAAGCCCCCGAGGAGGAGGAGCCAGAAGAAGAAGUGCAGUGGAGCGACAGGGAGCGAGAGCUGGCCGUGUGGAGCUUCCGCAGGUGGAGGUGUUACCAGUUCACCUCUCUGCGGGACCUGCUGUGGGGCAACGCCAUCUUCCUCAAGGAGGCCAACGCCAUCAGCGUGGAGCUCAAGAAGAAGGUGCAGUUCCAGUUUGUGCUGCUGACAGACACCCUCUACUCGCCGCUGCCACCAGACCUGCUGCCGGCAGAUGCCAGCAAAGACCUAGAAAAGCGACACUUUCCACAAACCAUCGUUGCCGUGGAGGUGCAGGACCAGAAGAACGGAGCCACUCACUACUGGACAUUGGAAAAACUCAGACAGAGGCUGGAUCUCAUGAGGGAGAUGUACGACCGUGCUGCUGAGGUUCCCGCCACGACGUCGACAGACGAGGGCGAGAGCGUGAUGACAGGCGGCGACCCUUUUUAUGACCGCUUCCCCUGGUUCCGCCUGGUCGGCAGAAACCCUCUUUUCAACACUUGCAUGAGUGAGCGCAUGAGCGACCCCACCCCGUCCCCGACCCUGUCCAACUCUGAAAUGACCGACCCGGCUGACUCGCAGCGGGAGGCUCGAGGGGAGGAAGACGAGGUGGCAGAGUUGGAGGAUCUGGACGAUGAUAUCUUUUUGGACGACCCGUGCUCGGAGCUGGGGGGAGAGGAGGAGGAGGAUGAUGAUGAUGAUGAUGAUGAUGAUGAGCGAGCGCUCUGCCGAGGCUCCAGCGAAGGCCAGGAUCCCUUUUACGACCGCUCGCCAUUAUUCAGUGUAGUGGGAAGAUCUUUUGUGUACCUGAGCAACCUGCUGUACCCUGUUCCCCUGGUCCACCGCGUGGCGAUUGUGAGCGAGAAAGGAGACGUGAAGGGCUUCCUGCGAGUGGCGGUGCAGGCUAUAUCAGCUGAUGAGGAAGCUCCAGAUUACGGCUCAGGUGUGAGGCAGUCGGGUACGGCCAAGAUCUCCUUUGAGGAUCAGCAGUAUGAAAAGUUCCAGUCAGAGUCCUGCUCAGUGGGCCUUUCCCGGACUGGGAUCUCCCAGGAGGAGCUUCGGAUCGUGGAGGGGGAGGGUCAGAACCCUGAGAUGGGACCCUCGGCGGACGAAGUCAACAAUAACACAUGUGCGGCUGGUGGCGAUGAAGGCGAUGGCCCGCUGAAGCCCGGUUUUGAUGGCCAGCUGGACACGACUUCAGAGCACCUCAAGAUUGGCAACGUUUUCACCUUCAGAGUGACGGUGCUGCAAGCCUCCAGCAUCUCUGCCGAGUACGCCGACAUCUUCUGCCAGUUCAAUUUCAUCCAUCGCCACGAUGAGGCCUUCUCCACGGAACCCCUAAAGAACACAGGCCGUGGCCCCCCUCUGGGCUUUUAUCACGUGCAGAACAUCGCUGUGGAAGUGACCAAAUCUUUUGUGGAUUACAUCAAGACUCAGCCCAUCGUGUUUGAGGUGUUCGGACACUACCAAAAACAGCCUUUUCUUCCUCUCUGUAAAGACGUCGUCAGUCCACUGCGGCCUUGCAGAAGACAGUUCCCACGUGUGAUGCCUCUGUCCAAACCAGUGGAUGCUGACGCCUCGCCGGACCAGGAGAAAACGCUGGAGCUGAUCCGCUACCUGGUUCCGGACAUGCUCAACGGGGCGCUGGUGGACUCGCUGUCAGGCCACGCCCUGUCUGCCGCUGGCUUGGCCGCUUCCUUCCUGCUGGAAGUGAACGAGCGAGCUCCGCUGCAGGCCCCGCCCGCCUCUAUUUGUUCUGUUAUUAAAGCUCAGACGCCGGUACCUGCCACCAAGCUGACAGCCGUGACCCGCCCGCAAGCAGGGCCGUGCCACUGCAAAUAUGAUCUGAUGGUUUUCUUUGAGAUCUGUGAAUUAGAGGCCAAUGGGGACUACAUCCCAGCUGUGGUUGACCACAGAGGUGGAAUGCCUUGUCAUGGUACCUUCCUCCUGCACCAGGGCCUCCAGAGGAGAAUCACUGUUACCAUUGUGCACGAGUCAGGAGGCGACAUAGAAUGGAGGGACGUCCGAGAGCUUGUUGUGGGACGUCUUCGUAACACCCCCGAAUCUGAUGAGACCAUUGUGGACCCCAACAUUCUGUCCCUCAACAUCUUGUCUGCCGGCUCUGUCAGGCCCUUGCAGGAUGACAGACAGUUUCUUGAUUCGGACAUGCCUAGGACCUUCUACCGCUUUGAGACAGCUUGGGACAGCUCCAUGCACAACUCCUUACUCCUCAACCGGGUCACCCCAUACGGGGAGAAGAUCUACAUGACCCUGUCUGCCUACCUGGAGAUGGAGAACUGCAACCAGCCGGCUGUCAUAACCAAAGAUAUCUGCAUGGUGUUUUAUUCUCGUGACACAAAGCUCUCUGCGUCUCGCUCCAUUCGCAACCUUUUUGGUACAGGAAGCCUCCGAGCAGCAGAUGGAAACCGUGUAACUGGCGUGUAUGAGGUCAGCCUGUGCAACCUGGCAGACGCAGGAAGUCCAGGCAUGCAGAGGCGACGCAGGCGGGUGCUGGACACCUCAGUGGCCUACGUCCGCGGGGAGGAGAACCUGGCCGGGUGGAGGCCUCGCAGCGACAGCCUCAUUCUGGAGCAUCAGUGGGAGUUGGAGAAACUCAGCCUGCUUCAAGAUGUGGAGAAGACCAAACAUUUCCUGUUGCUGAGAGAGAAGCUGGAGUCCACCCUUCUGGCAGGUCGGGGCGUUCAGUCGUCAGCGUGUGUCACAGAGGAGCUGCUCUGCGACUCACCCUCGCCUUCCGAGGCCAAGCCAGAUGUCAGCUCUGGUUCAGAAUUCAUCACAGAGAGACAACGCGAGCUGGCCGCCAAGUGUCUGCGGCUGCUGGCUCACUCCUUCGACAGAGAGUACAGCCAUGUGUGUAUCAGCGCCAGUGAAAGCAAGAUAUCUGAGAUGUCCGUCACCACGCUGAGAGACUCCACCUCCAUCUCUACCCUCAACACCAUCGCACCUUCGUCCACCUGCCCUUCACUGGUGGACGGUUGCUAUAGCAACGCUGAACUCAGACCUCCUGCUCCUCGCUCUCGUGCUGUCAGCCCAGGUCCCGACACGCAGCAGGACGCAGACGCCAAGAGGUCUGUCAGUGGAACCUCUGAAGGCAAACCUCGCAUUCGUAGAUUUGUCCCUGACAUCCAGGAGAUUCGAGUCAGCCCCAUAGUGUCCAAGAAAGGCUACUUGCAUUUCUUGGAGCCGCACACUAACGGCUGGGUGAAGCGUUACGUGGUGGUGCGGCGGCCGUACGUCUACAUCUACAACACAGAGCGCGACGCCGUAGAGCGCGCUAUCCUCAAUCUGUCCUCCGCGCAGGUGGAGUACAGCGAAGACCAGCAGGCAAUGCUGAAGACCCCAAACACAUUUGCCGUAUGCACAGAGCAUCGCGGAAUAUUGCUUCAAGCCACAAAUGACAAAGACAUGCAUGAUUGGCUGUAUGCCUUCAAUCCUCUCCUGGCGGGGACUAUCAGGUCAAAAUUGUCCAGAAGACGAGUGGGACAGAUGAGAAUGUGAGGAGGAAGGUGGAGGGGAUGAUCAUGAUCACGACAAAAGACUUGAGAUGUACAUAGACCUUCUUCCCCUCCGCCGCCACCUCGUGUCCGGCCGUAGAGGCGGUGAGGAAGCGAGGGGGCGGGUGGUUGUCCUCCUCCUAUCAGCGGUUUGUAACGUCCGAUUCUCUCAUACGUGUGGUGAUGUACUGUAGUUGUUGUCGGUGGCACAUCGGGCCUUAUGCAUACUGUGCGUGUGGCAUUAGUCCCUGCAAAGCCACGUCAGCCAGGAGCGGACAAACACGGCGACUCUUCUCUCCUCUACUCUGCAGCUCUGUGUUGCUACGUGCGUACAGCUAGCAAAUACACACUAAUUCAUACAUACAUCUUUGGUUCUCACACCAUGAUUUAAAACAAAAAAAAAAAUCACACACGCCACAAUCACUCAUCAUUUGUGAUAUAUGGAGAUAGUUACCUGCCUCGCUUAUUUAUUUCUGCAUGUAUUUAUUUACAAAGACAUUUAUAUUUCUAAAGUACGGUGCAAUUUCUGCACACUGCACUUUGUAAAGGAGCUCCCACCAUUUAUUUUCUUUUUCUUUUUAAAUAAUACCACAACCUCAUCCCCACAUGGUUGACUUGACGACCAUCACGUUGGAUUACUUGAAUGAACCCAGCCCCCCCCCCCCGACGAGUUUGGCAAGAAGAAAAGGGGAAACAUGGAAGCGCUACGUCAUUGGGAAGUGAAUAAUGUGCAUAUAUGUGAUUACAUGCAGUGCCUCAGUCGCCAUGCACACUUUGCCUCUGCACCGGUUGCUCUCAAUAUACAACCUUCAUGCUGCUAUUUCUGCUCUUCGUCCCUGCAUCAUCAUCAUCAUCAUCAUCUACAUGGGUCUGUGUAUUUAUCAUGUCGGAUCAUACCAUCAAUGUUUACUCAUGCAAACUGACUGGAAUCGAAUAUGAAAAGGGGAAGGGGAGGAAUACGACUGUGUGUGAGGUAGUGAAAAGUCACGUGGUGGCCCGCCACAAAUACAUUUGGCACUACCUGUACACCCUCUCUCACACUCAGGGGUGUCCAGCGAGGGUUGUUGCCUACAGCCACAGCUGUUAAUUCCAAGUCAUUCUAAUUAGACUCAGGCUGUUAUUUGCUUUUGCAGACCACACACCUGGCGACUACAGGAGACUCUCUUGUGUGUUUGUGCGACUUUUAAGGCCAUUUUUUUAGGCUUUGGGUUGCACAGCACCGCCCCCACUGUGAUCCAUGUGUGCACUUCCCGCGUAAUUCAAUGUGAAAAUGAAAUACAGCAAAUGACGAGUGUGCAUCAGGUCAGUCAGCCUGAGUGCAUGCUCAAAAAAAAAAACAUGUUGGAAGCAUACAUGUAGGACAUGUACUUCUCUUCUUCAUAUACUUUGCAUGUUAUCAACAGUCUCACUUUUGAGUAUUUUAUUUAUUACAAGACCCGGCAUCACAAGGGAGGGGAUUCCUCUGUGGUUUACAUGUGACACAAUCUUAAUGAAGCAGCGUCUCACUUCUUUGUCAACACAAUCCUUGUCACAAGCCACACAACAGCGAGCGGGGGUCCAUCUUGCUCUCCAUGCUGUUGUUUCAUCCUGCAUAGUCAUGUUGCAUUUUAUCCAACCAAAGUUGAGUUGUCGCAGUCACAAAAUGUAUCACGCUGAAUGUAUGACAACAUUUUUCAAAACCACUACUGCUGGAGUGUUUUUACGGUGGCUCAGAGGUGACGGAGGCACAGCAACGUCUGAAUGCUGCAAACACAGAAAUGAUCCAAAAACAUGCAAACAUUGUCUAACACAUGCUGCAAUCACAUAAAUGCUAUAAGAUGCAACAAAAAAAAAUACUGCAGUUGACCAAAACACAUACAAACCUAAAAAACAACGAAACAAUAUUAGUUAGUGGCACGGCGGUCUGGUGGUUAGUGCGCAGACCUCACAGCUAGGAGACCAGGGUUCGGUCCCCGCCCUCGGCCAUCUCUGUGUGGAGUUUGCAUGUUCUCCCCGUGCAUGCGUGGGUUUUCUCCGGGUACUCCGGUUUCCUCCCACAUUCCAAAAACAUGCUAGGUUAAUUGGCCACUCCAAAUUGUCCAUAGGUAUGAAUGUGAGUGUGAAUGGUUGUUUGUCUAUAUGUGCCCUGUGAUUGGCUGGCGACCAGUCCAGGGUGUACCCCGCCUCUCGCCCGAAGACAGCUGGGAUAGGCUCCAGCACCCCCCGCGACCCUCGUGAGGAAAAAGCGGUAGAAAAUGAAUGAAUGAAUGAAUGAAUAUUAGUUAGUCGUGCUACUAGGAAGCUGGGAAGCCAAACCUGAGGGAUAGUAUUGCAAAGCAGCCGAUUUUUACAACCAGAAGUUUACAAAAACAUAAAUGUAAUGUAACUUUUGCCAUUUUCUCAUAUCUUUGAUGGAUGUUUCUCCGCCUCGGGUCUGGUGACCGUGGUAGGCUCACCAUCGCUCUUGUAGUGGGAUGUUUUGUUUUGACUUGCCAACUUGCAGCAUUUCUUUUUGAUCCUGCAGCGUUGAUGCGAUUGCAGCAUUUUUUAUGGUUUUACAGUAUGUGUGAUUUUUGGUUUUAGAUCAUUUCUGCGUUUGGAGUGUCGGCACUCCACAGUGGGGUUUUCCUAUUUGAUUGUAGAUUAUCAGGAAACCUGACGCAGGUUAAAGGUUAUACUAUACUGCUGAUGCUGUGUGUGUGUGUGUGUGUGCGCAUGUGUGUGUGUAUGACUAACCUCCAUUCCUGCCACAAUAUGCACACCAUUCACCCCAUUGCUCCCCAUCUCGUCUCCGCUUUGAAUGGACAAUGAUUGACAUUGUUGUGCUUCCACACUUUGCUUUGUACAUAUCGACAUGAUUGCUGUGAACAGUGUCAUCAUGUGGCGCCCGUUUACAAAAACCCCCCACACGGGCAGUCGUCGUUCAGUGAGUGUCUUUUGAGUGUUGGAGUUUGCUGUCCAAUGUUUGUGUGCACUGAACACCUUGUCAUAUAUGAAAUAAAGAUGAAAAUAAUGCAACACCAA